UCUUCAAAACUGUCAUCAGUCAGGUUCAAAUCAGGUCCAAUUAGAGUACGGCUCCUAUGAAUUAAAAAGUGGCAACACGAAUUCUUUCUUUCACUUCAACAAGAAAAACAGUGUUCGGCAUGAGUGACGCUGCGCCGUCGACCGCGCCCAAGGCGAAGGCGCCUAAAAGCAAAGCUCCCAAGGAGAAGGCUGCUAAGGCGGCCCCCGCAGCACCCGCGGAACCCCCGAAGGCCAUCCGCAAAGUGUCCUCAAAGGCCCGGCACGGCAGGCUGUACGCCAAGGCUGUCUUCUCAGGAUACAGACGUGGUCUGCGCAACCAACAUGAAAACACAGCUCUUUUAAAGGUCGAAGGAGCACGUAAUCAGGAAGAUGCAAUGUUCUACACGGGCAAGAAGUGUGUGUAUGUGUACAAAGCUAAGAAGAGGACGCCCAUCCCCGGUGGCCCGCGGGGCAAAAAGACCAAGCUGCGGGCUAUCUGGGGCAAGGUGACCCGGCCACAUGGCAACUCCGGCAGUGUCCGAGCCAGGUUCAAGUCUAACCUCCCCGCUCAGGCCAUGGGACACAGAAUACGCGUGAUGUUGUAUCCAUCGAGGAUUUAAAAACCUUUGUAUAUAAGUCUAAAAUAAAACAAAAUC